CGUGCCCUGCGAAUGGCUGCUGCUGCCGCCGCCGUCACCGCGAAAGUGGAGCUGAGCGCGAGCGGCGGGCGCGGACUGAGGCAGGCAGAGGGAUGGUCGGGUGGGAGAAAGGGCUCCGGAUCCGGUUCGAGCCCGGCAGGUGCUGGCUGGAGGAGGAGGAUGUUGAUACGCCAAACAGACGUGUUCUGAUUACUGGUGCUACUGGGUUGCUUGGCAGAUCUGUGUAUAAGGAAUUUAAAGGAAAUAAUUGGAAUGCUGUCGGUUGUGGGUACAGUAGGGCUCGACCGAUGUUUGAGCAAGUUAAUCUUCUAGAUACUACUGCUGUUCAUAAUGUCAUCCAGGAUUUUCAGCCUCAUGUGAUAAUACAUUGUGCGGCUGAGAGAAGGCCAGAUGUUGUAGACAGUCAACCAGAUGCUGCUUCUCAGCUCAAUGUGGCUGCUUCAGGGAACAUAGCAAAAGAAGCAGCUCAAGUAGGAGCAUUUUUGAUCUACAUUAGUACGGACUAUGUAUUUGAUGGAACAAAUCCUCCCUAUAAAGAGAAUGAUGCACCAAAUCCCCUAAAUUUCUAUGGGAAAACUAAACUAGAGGGCGAAAAGGCAGUUUUAGCAAACAAUGAAGGUGCUGCUGUGCUUAGAAUUCCUAUUUUAUAUGGAGAGGUUGAAAGGUUGGAAGAGAGCGCUGUGACAGUUAUGUUUGAUAAAGUGCAAUUCAAUAAUAAAUCAGCCAAUAUGGACCACUGGCAGCAGAGGUUUCCCACCUAUGUCAAGGAUGUAGCCAGUGUUUGCCGACAGCUAGCGGAGAAGAAAAUGUUGGAUCCAUCAAUAAGAGGAAUGUUCCAUUGGUCUGGUAAUGAGCAGAUGACUAAAUUUGAAAUGGCAUGUGCUAUGGCGGAUGCUUUCAAUCUUCCCAGUAGCCACUUGAGACCAAUUACAGAUAGCCCAGUUGUGGGAGCUCUUCGUCCCAAGAAUGCUCAGCUUGACUGUUCUAGACUACAGAUGUUGGGCAUUGGACAGCACACUCCAUUUUGUGUUGGGAUCAAGGAAUCACUCUGGCCAUUCCUUACUGACAAGAAGUGGAGACAGACGGUCUUCCAUUAGUUGGAAAUAUUUUAGUACAUGUAUGGUAUGAGGCACUUUUUAAGAAGCGGGGGGGGGGGGGGAGAAUGGUUUUGUAUUGAGUGUUCUAUGUUACAAGUUUAAUUCAAUCAGGUAAAAAUAUGGUCUUGCACUAGUGAACUUAUAAGAGGUGUUGG